UGUUACUUUAUAAAAGAGGCAGCAACAGCCUAUUGGACAUCUCAAGUUAUUUACAAUGCCUUCUUACCUUCUCUUGCUUAAUGCAGUGCUUGCCUUUAUGGCUACAACAGGUUGUGGUCAGAGCACUUGUUGCAGCAAUGGGCCAGUCUACUGUCUUAAUGCAAUAAAAGACGUCUGGCUGGAAGGAGGAUCAAAUAAGAACUCGUACGGCCUUAUAAUUGGUAAACAUCCGGAAUUCCUCAAGAAAAGGAGUCUCAUUCAAUUUGGAGACAUACCAAGUGAUUGUGGCAACAUUGUAUCAGCAAAACUUUACUUGAAGUAUUGGUAUUCACACAAAGCCAGCUGGCAGAAUAUAACUAAUAUCAAUAGAACAGUACAAGUUCAUCAGGUCAAACAAGAUUGGACAGAGUCACAGGCAACAAGUACUCAUCACAAGACUGGAAUAAAAUGGAGCAAACCUUAUCUUGCUCUUGAUGGGACUGAUGCAAAUCCAAAUACUUUGGACACUGUUAUCUUCCCUCCUACUAAACCAUGGCUUCAACUGGAUAUCACUGAAGCAGCACAAAACUGGAAGAACGGAGAGAGAAAUUAUGGAGUUCUUAUUUGGGCAACGAAUGAGAAUGAUGAUGGAUGGGAUAUUCGCUUCCAUAGCCGUGAACACUGCAAUGAUAAGCCAUUCCUCUCCAUCUUUUGCAACUGAUUUUGAAAUGAACUGAGCUACUCCAUUCAUGAACUUGAGUUUUUUAUAAGUAGAUAAUUUUAGGCUGACAUUCAUUUUUGAUAUUUUUUGUAUUGAUUUU